AUAAUCAGGGUGAGUGGGUUUGAGUGUUACAAAUGGCAAACUGAGUUCACUACAUAAGUGAGUUGGAGUGCAGAGAGACUUGUUUAAUUCUGUCACAUCCUACAGUCCAUCAUGGAGCUACACUUGGUCCUUUUCUUUGCUGUUACCGUCUGCUUGGUUAAAGUUUCCCACCAGGGACCGAAUGAAGCCAGACUUUUCGAAGACCUGCUGCGUGAUUACAACUCACUGUCCAGACCAGUCGCUAAUGAAACAGACAAGCUCACCGUUACAGUCGGCCUCACUCUGAUGCAGAUCAUGGAUGUGAAUGAGAAGAACCAGAUUUUAACGGCCAAUGUUUGGCUGCCAAUGGAAUGGAAAGACAAUAACCUCAAGUGGGAUGUAGAAAACUAUCCAGGUGUUACCAAUAUGAGGUUUCGUCAUAGUCAAGUUUGGUCGCCAGACAUUCUUCUUUACAACAGUGCUGAUGAAAGGUUUGAUCCAACGUUCCAUACCAACAUCCUAGUCGCCCCCUCUGGUAACUGUACUUAUAUUCCUCCAGGGAUCUUCAAGAGUAUUUGCUCCGUGAAUAUGCGCUGGUUCCCUUUUGACGUCCAAAAGUGUGAGCUGAAGUUUGGCUCGUGGACAUACGAUGGCCACAUGGUGGACUUGAAGAUGGGUACCAUAGACACCACCCUCUACACUGACAAUGGAGAGUGGCAUCUUGUCGAUGUGAAAGGGAAGAGAAGUGUAACUGUCUAUGAGUGCUGUCCAGAACCUUAUGUUGAUGUCACUUUCACUCUGGUGAUGCAACGACGGACCUCUUUCUAUGCCUUUUAUUUUCUCCUGCCCUGUAUCCUGAUCUCCAUCAUGGCCGUCAUGGUCUUUCUCCUGCCUCCUGACUCUGGGGAGAAGAUCACACUGGGCAUCACUGUCCUGCUCUCCAUGGUUGUCUUCAUGCUCCUUAUUGCACAGGUCAUACCUGCGUCCUCUGACACCGUGCCCUUGAUCGCUCAGUACUUUGCUGUCAUCUUGGUCAUUGUUGCGCUCUCAGUGGCUGCAACAGUUGUGGUUUUACAUUUUCAUCAUCAUGACCCGAGAGGAUGUUCAAUGCCAAAAUGGAUCCGUGUCCUCCUGCUGGACUUUUGUCCCAGAUUCCUGUGCAUGAAGCUUCCAGGUGAAGGUCGAAGACAGUCUCCUGGCGACAAGGCUCAACGGGGAAGUAUGAGCAGCAUGGAACUCAAUAUUCCCAUUUCUACACCUGCCACGCCUGCUGACUCCAGUGGAGAGAAAAAAGGAAAAUGCGAAGAUGCAAUGCUCCUUCUAAAUGGAGGAGAGAAGGCACAAGGAAAGGAACCGGAGCUGGUCAAGAUUCUGGAAGAGGUUCGUUACAUCGCAAGACAGUUUUAUGACCAGGACAAGGAUAAAUUAGUGAGCAACGACUGGAAAUUUGCUGCAGCUGUCCUUGACAGGCUUUGUCUCGUGGCUUUUUCAAUUGUUACAUUCUUGUGCACUGUUGUAAUGCUGAUGUCAGCACCAAGCACUGAAUAAGUCAUUUCUUCAUUAUGAUAAAGGAGUUUGUUAAAAUAUGGAAAAGAAAACUGUUUCCAUUUAUGAUGUGAGAGUUGAUACAUGUGCAUUUUGGCUAAUGAAAUAAUGAAGAGGUUACUAAGGUGUGAAAUACAAAUUCCAUUUAAAGAGAAAAAUCCAGUUCAGUUUAGAGAAAUCAAAACAUCAGUUAUUUGAGAGAAAAAAAGGAAAUUCAAAUAAGAAAGAAGUGGUUUACGUAACCAAGCAUUUUAUUAAUCAGAUAACUUGUUUACUAAUAACUAAUAACCUUUUUAUGACAUAGAUUAGUGCACUAAUCAUCAAUGUUUACUCAUAAGAACUUUUUAAAAACUCUAUAGUAAGGCUGAAUUAAUGGUAUUUGUCAAGCCUGAUACAUGUGUACUUAUGACAGUUUAUCAAGUGAAGAUACUCACUAGUAUUCCAUGUAUGAUAUAUGCCACAAUAUCUCCUGUUUCAUUAAAUCUUUUGUGCAAAAUACUAAAUUCAAACCAGGGCAGUGAUGUUGAUGCCACCACAGAACUAAUGUAACCUUGUUUUUGCUUUUACCUUUUUUCUUAAUAAUUUUCUUAUUAGGACAACACAAGGAUUUUAUAGGCUUUGUUUUUUAAAACUGUAACAUUCAGCUAAUAAACAUUUAUUUCUUGUCGUCUGUGUUGUCUUUGCAUCACGUGUGUUUGAGUUUACUUUUCAUUCCCUAUUUAGCUCCUCAUGACAAAAUUACAAAUCAUAACUCACAACAACACCAGUGACUCAGUGUGUUAAUACAAAAAAUAUUCUGAUUACCUUCUUAAGAGAGACUUAUUUU